GCUCCGUGGGGAUGGCGGGAGGGAAGUAUUUGUCCAAGCUCAUGCCCCCCAGCCCCAAGCCACAGAUUGGGAACUCUGUCCCUAAUAGAGCAUAGGUGGCCUCACUGGAGCUUGGCCAUGGGACCUGCCUUGUGGGCGGAUAAAUGGGCUUUUCUCAGUGUCACCCCAAGGUCCCUGAAGCUUCUUCUACAACCAUACGGCUCAUUGGGUGGCUGAAGAGGGACCUAGAAGGCUCUGUUCCUCAUGGCAUAGCUUGGGGAGCUGCCUGUGCACAGCCUUUCCUUCUUCCUAAAGAGAAGCCUGCAGCCACUAGCUGUAAGGAGAAGGUCCAUGAGGUCCCCGAGGUGUCAGAGAAGAUGUGCUGCUCAACCUGUGGGCAGGUGUUUGGCAGCCGGGAGGAGCAGACUGAGCACUACCGUCUCGACUGGCACCGCUUCAACCUGAAGCAGAGACUCCUGGGGCGUCGGGCAGUGCCUGUGGAAGUGUUUGAGGAGAAGACCCGCACAGGUGAUGUUUCCAGCAUCUCAGGAUCCGAUUCAGAAAGCUCUGAUACAAGCAGUGAGUCAGAGUUGCUGCCCUCUGCCAGUGACAGCCCUGGGACCCCGCAGACCUCCCGCUCCCACAAGGUGCUGCUCCGCAAUGCUGAGGGCCAGCUCAUCUCUGCAUACCGCUGCGUGCUGGUCACAGGGAAGGGUGACAUCGAGGAGCCAGCUGAGCUGACAGCAUCACUGCAGAGCCUCAGCACGAGCACGUGCUGGGUUGUGCUGAUGAUGGGUGGCGGGCACUUCGCAGGAGCUGUGUUCCAGGGCCCCGAGGUGCAGGAACACAAGACCUUCCACCGCUACACGGUGCGAGCACGGCGCGGCACAGCCCAGGGCCUGCGGGAUGCCCAGGGGUCAGCACCCAGGUCGGCUGGAGCUUCCCUGCGGCGUUACAAUGAGGCUGCUCUGCUCAAGGAUAUUCAGGAUCUUCUGGCAGCCUGGGCACAGCACCUGAAUCAAGCUCAGCGCAUCUUCCUCCGGGCCCCUCGUCACAACCGUGCGCUGCUCUUUGGCGGCAGGAACCCACCCCUCACCCGAGGGGACCCUCGCAUCUGCCACAUCCCCCUCAGCACCCGCAGGGCCACCCUGCGAGAGGUGCUGCGAGUCCACGCCACGCUGGCCAGCCUGCAGGUGUAUGGGAAGGACACACCACUGGAGGAUAUCACUGGGUCCCCCCGGAAGGUCUGGCAGAAGAGGCAGCGGAAAGCAGAGAUGAAUCCCCCACAAGAGGACACAACUGCUCCAGAGGAGGAGGAGGAAGAGAAGGAGGAAAGCCUUAUAGGGGAGCUGGAGACUGUUGAAGUGACACUGGGGACCUUGGACCUGUGGGAGUUUGAAGUGAUGCCCAAGCGAAACCGCAAAAGGCAGAAGAAGAGGGACAAGAAGGUGAAGAAAGAGCCCUGUGCUGAAGAGACUGGAUACCAUGGUACCCAGUGUGUGCAGCCUGGCCAGGAACCAGUGACAGAGCUGCAGGGGGAGGCUGAGGCUGGGCCCCUUCCCUGGGGUGAUGGAGGAGACCCUCAGACCUGGCUCCGCGAUGCCUUGUUCACCGCCUGCAAAACAGGGGAUGUGCAGACACUGCAGCACCUCCUGGGUGUGCGAGAGAGCGGGGGCCUGCAAGGCGACAGCGAGGAUGGGGAGAUUACACAGACUCUGGAUAUGGCCUACUCCCUGCUCAACCAGCCUGUGGAUGAGCGUGGCUGCAGCCUGCUCCACGUGGCAGCGCGGGCAGGCAAGGCGGAGGCCGUGUGCCUGCUGCUGGAGGCAGGGGCGGACCCUGCCCUCAGGGACAGGCAGGAGAGGACCCCAUACUGCGUCUCUGCUGACAGAACGACCCGCAACAGUUUCCGCAAGUUCAUGGUGGACCAUCCAGACAAGUACGACUACACCCGUGCCAAGAUACCAGGGCCCCUGACACAGGAGAUGGAGGCCAAAAAACUGGAGAAGAAGCGGGCACAGAAAGCCCAGCGGAAGCAACGGGAGCAAGCACAGCGGGAGGAGCGGCAGCGCUGGGAGCAGGAGCAGGAAGAGAAGCAGAGGUUCGCAGCCCUGUCUGACAGGGAGAAGAGGGCACUGGCUGCCGAGCGGAGGUUGGCUGCGCAGCUGCAGGACACUGGCACAACGCUUGCCAACAUCAGCCGCUGCUGGCACUGUGGAGAGUCCCUGCUGGGGCGGAUCCCUUUCCAUUACCUUGACUUCUCCUUCUGCUCCACGGCCUGCCUGCAAACCCACCGCCGGGCCCAGGCCAGACACACCUAAGGCUGGGGACUGCUGCCACCUGCCAAGGACCAAUGUGGGGACAUGGCUGAGCACUGGCUGUGCAGCAAGGGAGAGCCUCU